UUCGCCACUUUUCGAUAACUUAUUUUGAUGCAUUUUGAGUUGAAGGAGCCACCACACUUUACAAACAGGCCUUGAUUUCGUAUUCUAUAGCCGAAAUGUUUUCUAUUUUAAGAAAUUAAGCUGCACAAAGAAGUGUAAACACGCGCAGUCUGCUGAGCCAAACUGUCAUGGCGGGUCAUGACACAGCCACCGGAAUGCGGAAUUUUUGAGAACAAUAAUUAUUGUCGGCAUGGAAGUACAAAAGGUUAAGGGUAUAUUAUCUUUUUUAUGCCCCGUAAGAGUGAUACAAGAAAGUUUUCCUUGUACUUCCACACAUCUGGAGAUCUAACGAAGGCAGCAUAGUUUUGCUAUCAAAACGAACUAAAUGACCAGCUUCGAGGACGAAGAGAAGAGAUAGCUUUAUUCUGCAUAAACCAGCUGGUUACAAAUGGAAGACAAAACCGGCCCAAAACAAGAAAACACAAAGGACUACACUGGAGGAAAUGGUUAUUGUCUGAUCGACGAGAGAACUCUAAAUUUAGUCUUAUAUGGUUCUCAACAAGUCAGGGUUAUAGAUUUGCAGAAACUGAAACGGAAGGCCGGAGAUGAACAAGGAGGUUUGUCUUCAAAAAAACAGAAGAAUACCGCAGACCAUGAGAUGCCUCGGCUCACAAACGCUAUUCGAUCAUUCCCGGAUGAAGUGCACCUCUGUAUAUCAAGUAUUCCUGGGGCUGGUUAUGGAGUGUGCGCGAGAGAGCACAUUCCGCUGGGCACAUGGAUAGGUCCAUAUGAGGGAAGCCGGCUGCCAGCUCGAAAUUUUCCGUCAAAUUAUGAAACAACAUAUCUAUGGGAGAUCUACAAAGAUGGCCGACUAAGUCACUAUAUUGACGGACGCGAUGAACACAAGUCCAGUUGGAUGCGAUUUAUUCAAUGUGCGCGUCAUGUGAAGGAGCAGAAUCUGUACGCUUUUCAAUACUGUGGCAAUAUUUUUUACCGAGCGUUCAAAGAGGUUCCGCCAGGAACAGAAUUACUGGUCUGGUAUGAUGAAAAAUAUCCACAAUUCCUUGGAAUUCCUCUAGGUAUUCAGGACUAUGAACUCUUCAGAGAAUCUGUGCCAUCUUCCAAUGCUCAAAGCUCUCCGGUCAGCAGUCCCGCCAGUUCGUUUGUCGACCCAAUGGCACGAUUUUCAAAAACCUGCGGAUUUCAAGAAUCACGUGAUAAUCCUAAUAUGGGUAAUUUUAGAUUCCCUUCACCACGUGAGCCAGCUCCACGCUUCGUGCGCCCCGCGAGUAGUUUGGGUAAUGUUUUCCCUCGAGACAAGCUUGGCACUUCUGGAAAUAGAGGUAGCCCCAGCAUGGCUGCAAGUUCGGUUGAAAGUAUAAUGGUUAAGACAGAUUUAACUGCAACGACGACAGUUGACAGACAAUUUUCCAGGAAUCUUUUGCAAAUGCCUACGUCCAAUGAUGACAAUUUUUAUUCAUUGCAAUUAAGGAACAAGGACUCGCGAGAAAAAGUUUUGAAAACUGAAAAUUCAACCCGAGGAUAUUUGUCUGAUAAACAUUGGGAACAGCAAAGAGAUGAGGAUUCCUUGUCUAAUCACGAAAGAAGACUGCCACCGAAAAUAAACGCUUUGCGUGAAAUGCCGCCCUUACAAUUCUUCGAUAAUGAUCAACAAAAUUUUCCACGCACAAGUGAAGGACAAGCUCUCAAGCGGAACGGAGAAGCAGCGAAGUGUGUAAUGCCUGCGCUUCGUCCAGUCAUACCCCCACUUCUCCACACGCCCCAACAUCAUGAAUACUCAGGAACUAACAUAUCAGGAAUCUCUCUGUCUCCGGACGAAUUUGGCAUGUGGAGGUGCCGGCAGUGCUUAAAGACUUUCACUCAGCGGGUUCUUCUUCAAAUGCAUGAGUGUUCCCAGACCCCUGAUAAACCGUAUCAGUGCGGCCAGUGUACGCUUUCAUAUGGGACGCCGACAGAACUCAGAAGUCACGUGGACACGCAUACCAAUGAAAAGUUGUUUAAGUGCGGGUUCUGUUCGCGCUCUUUCUCAGGGGCUACCACCUUAAAUAACCACAUACGUACUCACACUGGCGAGAAGCCAUUCAACUGAGAGAAAUGCCACAAGACAUUUUCACAAGCCAGUCAUUUAGCGAGACAUCAACGAGUCCCUGGGGACUGUGUCCCAUAGCAGAUGGAAUAGAUAAAAAAUCAACUUUCCUGUUGCAAAUUAAUAAACAGACUCGGUUAAUAUGC